AUGAUCUCACGAUACAAACCGAGUCCCGGUUCCACCAUGUCCUUGGCGUUCUGUGGGAACGAGAAUAACUCGGUGGCCUACAACGUGGACGGGGGGGUUCUGAACAACGGCUGUUUCCUGGAUGCGCUCAACGUGGUGCCACAUGUCUUCCUCCUCUUCAUCACCUUUCCCAUCCUCUUCAUCGGUUGGGGCAGCCAGAGUUCGAAGGUCCACAUCCACCACAGCACCUGGCUUCACUUUCCUGGACACAACCUGCGCUGGCUUCUCACCUUUGUCCUACUCUUCAUCCUUGUGUGUGAGAUUGCAGAGGGCAUCGUCUCUGAUGGGUUCAGCCAAUCUCUUCAUCUUCACCUGUACAUGCCUGCAGGUCUGGCCUUCAUGGCUGGCAUCACCUCUAUUGUCUACUAUCAUAACAUCGAGACCUCCAACUUCCCCAAACUACUAUUAGCCCUGCUGAUCUAUUGGGUGCUGGCCUUCACCAUGAAAACCAUCAAGUUCGCUAAAUACACCGAGCAUGGCAUCGGCCCCAGGCAACUACGCUACUGCAUCACUGGACUGCUGGUGCUGCUCUAUGGCCUCCUACUAGCUGUGGAGAUCAAUGUCAUCCUGGGCAGGCGCUACAUGUGUUUCGCCAAUCCCACAGAGGUGAAGCCUCCCGAGGACCUUCAGGACCUGGGUGUUCGUUUCCUGCAGCCCUUCGUUAACCUGUUGUCCAAAGCCACCUACUGGUGGAUGAACACGUUCAUUACCUCCGCCCACAGACGACCCAUCGACCUCAAGGUCAUCGGCAAACUACCCAUUGCAAUGAGAGCGCUCACAAACUACAUAAAGUUACGCACGGCCUUCGAAGACCAGAAGAGGCCUCAGGGCACGGCACCCCAGGGUCCAAAGUGGAUCUGGCAGGCCUUGAGGAAAGCGUUUGGCAGACCUCUCAUCCUCAGCAUCACAUUCCGCUUCCUGGCCGACCUGCUGGGCUUUGCCGGUCCGCUCUGCAUCUCUGGCAUUGUCCACCACAUCAGCAAGGACAACCGCACCAUUCAGCAGCCGAUGAGGUUGCUCGGUAUCUAUUUCAUUUCCUCCAAAGAGUUUCUGGAGAAUGCAUAUGUGCUGGCUGUGCUGCUCUUCUUGGCCCUGCUCCUGCAGAGGACCUUCCUCCAGGCCUCCUACUAUGUGGCCAUUGAAACAGGCAUCAACCUGCGUGGGGCCAUACAGACGAAAAUCUACAACAAGAUCAUGCGUCUGUGUACCUCGAAUAUGUCCAUGGGCGAGCUAACUGUGGCUCAGAUCUGCAACCUGGUUGCAAUAGAUACCAACCAGCUCAUGUGGUUCUUCUUCCUCUGUCCUAACCUGUGGGCCAUGCCAGUACAGAUAAUUGUGGGGGUGAUCCUGCUCUACUACCUCUUGGGAAUCAGUGCCUUGAUUGGAGCGACCGUCAUUGCUGUGUUAGCUCCUGUACAAUACUUUGUGGCCACAAAGCUGUCCCAAACACAAAAGAGCACUCUGGAGUACUCCAGUGAGCGUCUAAAGAAGACCAAUGAGCUGCUGCGGGGCAUCAAGCUGCUGAAGCUGUACGCCUGGGAACACAUCUUCUGUGACAGUGUGGAGGAGACAAGGUGCAAGGAGCUCACCAGCCUGCAGGCCUUCGCUCUGUACACAUCCAUAUCCAUUUUCAUGAAUGCAGCCAUUCCCAUCGCAGCUGUAUUGACGACGUUUGUGGUUCAUGUUCACAUCUCAGAGGAUGCCGAUCUGUCCCCAGCUGUGGCCUUUGCCUCUUUGUCCCUCUUUCACAUCCUGGUCACCCCCCUUUUCCUGCUCUCCAGCGUGGUGCGCUCCACCGUCAAGGCCCUUGUUAGUGUUCAGAAGCUCAGCGAGUUUUUCUCAAGCGAUGAAAUUGGAGAUGAGCAGGAGCCCAGAGCCAUGUUAACCUCUGGCUCCAGUAAUCACAACCAAAAUAGGUACCAGGCUGUGCCCCUGAAGGUAGUGAACCGGAAGCGCCCCCCGAGGGACGACUGGAACAACUACAGCACACAGGGGGACCACGAGGGCGACAGACCCUCCCAGGACGUGGACCAAGACAUUUGCAUCAAGAUCACCAGCGGUUAUUUCACGUGGACCGAUGGACCACCAACCCUUUCUAAUGUGGACAUCAGGAUUCCUUUUGGUAAGCUCACCAUGAUCGUGGGCCAGGUGGGCUGUGGAAAAUCAUCUCUGUUGCUGGCAGCGCUGGGAGAGAUGCAGAGAGUAUCAGGAGCAGUCACCUGGAACAGCCUGCCAAACCUGGAGUCUGAGGCAGAUGAAAGUCCCACAGACAGAGAUGCCGCAGGUGACGGAGACAUCAGGAAGAGAAGUGCUGUGGCCUAUGCUUCCCAGAAGCCCUGGCUGUUGAACGCCACCGUGGUGGAGAACAUCACCUUUGAAAUGCCCAUGAUAAAACCGAGAUAUAAAGCCGUCAUCGAGGCCUGCUCUCUACAGCCUGACAUCGACAUCCUUCCACAGGGGGACCAGACAGAGAUCGGAGAGCGGGGCAUCAUCCUGUCAGGUGGACAGAAACAACGCAUCAGUGUGGCUAGAGCCUUGUACCAGCAGACCAACGUGGUCUUUCUGGACGACCCGUUCUCUGCCUUAGACAUCCACCUGAGUGACCAUCUGAUGCAGGACGGCAUCCUGAAGCUCCUGAGGGAGGAGAAGAGGACGGUGGUGUUGGUGACACACAAACUUCAGUAUUUACCGCACGCAGACUGGAUUAUUGCCAUGAAAGAUGGCACUAUCCAGACUGAAGGGACUCUGAAGGACAUCCAGAACGCUGAACCUGAACUCUUCGAGCAGUGGAAAACCCUGAUGCACAGAGAGGACCAGGAGUUCGAGAAGGAGACGGUGGCGGCGAGUAUGACAGAUCUGGAGAGGAAAAACCUGCGGAGGGCCAUGUACUCCAGAGAGGCCGUCAGGACGGAAGAGGACGAGGAAGAGGAGUCUGUGGAGAGCGACGAUGACGACAACCUUUCGCAGGUGAUGCGUCAGCGAGCCACCAUCCCCUGGCGCUCCUGUGGCACCUACCUGUCCUCCGCCGGGCUCCUCCUGCUCACCCUGCUCCUCCUGUCACAGCUCCUCAAACACUCCCUCAUGGUCGCCAUCGACUACUGGCUGGCACACUGGACGUCGCACGUCAUCACGGCCAAAAUAGAAGCCACGGCUCGCAACUGUACCAUCGUUCAGGACUGUGGCUUCAGUCACUCCUGGUAUCUGUUGGUGUUCAGCGUGCUGUGCUGCCUGGGCAUCGUCCUGUGUCUGGCCACCUCUGUGGCGGUGGAGUGGACUGGCCUCAAAGUGGCCAAGGAGCUCCACCACAACCUGCUCAACAAGAUCAUACUGGCCCCCAUGAGGCUGUUUGAGACGACUCCGCUCGGCAGCAUCCUCAACAGGUUUUCCACCGACACAAACACAAUCGACCAGCACAUCCCGACCACCCUGGAAUGCCUCUCCCGCUCCACCCUGCUGUGUGUGUCCGCCCUGGGCGUCAUCUCUUAUGUGACGCCCGUCUUCCUCAUCGCCCUCCUGCCGCUCGCCGUCGCCUGCUACUUCAUCCAGAAAUACUUCCGGGUGGCCUCCAGGGACCUGCAGCAGUUGGAGGACAGCACCCAGCUCCCUUUACUGUCCCACUUCUCGGAGACAGUGGAAGGUCUCACCACCAUAAGGGCCCUCAGGUACGAGCCCAGGUUCAGACAGAGGUUGCUGCAGUUCACCGAUGCCAACAACAUCGCUUCUCUCUUCCUCACAGCAGCCAAUCGGUGGCUGGAGGUCCGCAUGGAAUAUAUUGGAGCCUGUGUGGUGCUGGUGGCAGCUGUAGCCUCCAUCACUAACUCUCUCUACAACCAGCUGUCCACUGGUCUGGUGGGGCUGGGACUGACGUACGCACUCAUGGUAUCCAACUACAUGAACUGGAUGGUGCGUAACCUGGCAGACAUGGAAGUACAGCUUGGCUCAGUGAAGAGGAUUAACGGUCUGCUCAAAACUGAACCGGAGAAUUACGAGGGACUGCUCACUGUGUCUCAGGUCCCUGACGGCUGGCCCCGGCAGGGCGAGAUCAAGAUCCAGAAUCUGAGUGUCAGAUAUGACGCCACGCUGAAGCCUGUGCUCAAAAAUGUCAAUGCACACAUCAGCCCCGGACAGAAGGUGGGGAUCUGUGGCAGGACAGGCAGCGGCAAAUCCUCUUUCUCCUUGGCCUUCUUCCGCAUGGUUGACAUGUUUGAGGGGAGGAUUGUGAUUGAUGACAUCGACAUCGCCAAGCUGCCUCUGCAGACCCUCAGAUCUCGCUUGUCCAUCAUCCUCCAAGACCCCAUCCUGUUCAGUGGCACAAUCCGAUUCAACCUGGACCCAGAGGUGAAGGCUACAGAUGAGAUGCUGUGGGAAGCUCUGGAGAUUGCUCAACUGAAGCCUGUUGUUAAAUCACUUCCAGGAGGCCUGGAUGCCAUGGUGACGGAGGGAGGGGAAAACUUCAGUCAGGGUCAGAGGCAGCUGUUCUGUUUGGCCAGAGCCUUCGUCAGGAAGAGCAGCAUCCUCAUCAUGGACGAGGCCACGGCAUCCAUAGACAUGGCAACGGAGAGCAUCCUGCAGAAAGUGGUGAUGACUGCAUUUGCUGACCGAACAGUAGUUACUAUAGCACACCGUGUCCACACCAUCCUGAAUGCCGACCUGGUGAUUGUGAUGAAGCGGGGCAUCAUCCUGGAGUACGACAGACCCCAGGCCCUUCUGGACAAGGAGGACAGCGUCUUCGCCUCCUUCGUGCGAGCAGACAAGUAGCACAAGAGGGAAGAGAGGAAGCAUUAAAGGAAGACAUUCGAAGUGCAAUUGUCCCAUGGAAUAUAUUCCUUUUAUUUUUUAAUCAUGUUGUAUAAUAUUUGUACAUAUAAAAAUGUUAAUUCUUUGUUAAUAAAAUAUAAAUUAU